AUGCAUGGUUAUAAUGGGCAUUUUGUUAUGUGCAUUGCUAACCAACUGUUUAUCUAUAAUACUGCCAUGGCUGCUUUGAACAAUGCUGUUCCAAUUUCCAACGAGACCUUGGAUUUCAGUUUUGGCUGGCCUAAUAUCUUUCAGUUGGGCAAAGAUAUCUCCGAGUUCUUUGUGAAGUUUUUUGGCUUCAAUAUGAUGUUUGAUCAAUGUGGAAUCCGCUGCCCUUUGAAGCAUAUUCCUUGCUUGUCAAAACCUAGAUUUUGA